AUGCUGAGGUGGAACGCUGUGUGUCGUGCGGCGAAAACAGCUGCAACACCUAGCACGGUGCUGACAGAAAAUGGGCGACCAUUCGCUAUGGUAGCACGUGAGGUGAAGGCGAUGCAGCAGCACAUUGCUGGGCUUGUCAGCAAUAAGAACAAUGAGGUCUUGGACCAUGCCGGUAAGUACAUGUUCGCGGCAAGCGGCAAGCUUCUUCGUCCCACUCUGGUGGCUAUGAUGGCACACGCGUUGCUUCCGCCGCACAUAAGCAAAGAAAUUCAGGAGAGUCCUAUUGGUUCCCUUGACGAAAUUCCCUCCGGUACCAUUCGACCAUUCCUGCGGCUUGGUGAGGUCACGGAACUCAUCCACACAGCCUCUCUGAUUCACGAUGACGUUAUCGACAAUAGUAACACGCGUCGAGGGCAACCAGCACUGCACUGCGUAUAUGGUGCGAAACGUGCGGUGCUUGCGGGUGACUUUGUUCUUGCUCGUGCUUCGCUGUGGAUCGCUAGCCUUUCUAUUCCCCGCGUAGUGGUGCUCAUGACAACCGCACUGGAGGACCUCACUGCUGGUGAGUUGAUGCAGAUGGAUGGUUGCUUUGACAUAGGGCGGUACGAGCAAAAGACUUACUGCAAGACCGCCUCGCUCAUGGCGAACUCCCUCGCGGCAACAGCUGUCCUCGCUGACCCUCAGAACAUGGCGUAUGAAGCGGCCGCAACAGAGUUUGGCAAGCGACUUGGUAUUGCCUUUCAGAUCGUUGAUGACUGUCUCGAUAUCACCGGUGAUGAGAAGAAAAUUGGGAAGCCCAAGAUGGCCGAUAUGAAGGAGGGCAUCGCCACACUCCCCGUUCUCCUCGCUGGCCGGCAGGACCCUCGUGUGGAUGCGGCCAUACGGCGCCGUUUCAAAGAACCCGGUGAUACGGAGAUCUGCAUGGAGGCAGUGGAGCGCCAUGGCUGCGUUGCCGAGGCCCUGCAGCACGCCGAUCAACACUGUCGCCGUGGUGUUGAAGCACUCCAGACACUUCACUACUCUCCUGCGCGUGAUGGUCUCGAGGCAGCGGUGGGAUUGGUCUUGUCGCGCCAAGUGUAA